AUGCGUUCAUCCGCUGUGUUGAUCCUUGCUGCUCUCGCGGCCGAGGCCACAGCUUAUUACAACUACACCUUCCCAACUGGUUUCAACCUGGGUCUAGUUCCUAGCACAACUUUGAGUGCAUGGUGCCAGGGUGAACGUAACACUUGCCCACUUGUCUGUGGAGGAGCUGCUUCUGCCAACGACUGUGAUGCUAAUACUCUCAACUUCGACUGCACUUGCAGCAAUGGCACCACUCCCGACCUGACCCCAUACAAGAACACCAUUCCAUUCUACGUGUGCCUGGAAAACUUUAACCAAUGCAUCGCAAACCACCCCAAUGACCUCGAUGCUCAGACUGCAUGCAAAGCCAAUGCGACUUGCGGCACGAUCGACCUCUCUGCCGUGUCAACCACAAGCGCUUCUUCCUCUUCCACUACCGCUGCCUCAACUACCGCUGCUACCGCUGCUACCUCGACCACUGGAACCGCUGCUAGUGCGACUGCCUCGCACGGCGCUGCCGCUCUUCAGGUCUCUACAGAUCGUUCAACUGGUCUUGGCGCCGCUGCGAUGCUUGCAGUCUUUGGCAUGAUGCUGUAA